AAGGAUAAAUGUCACAAAAAUAAUUAUUAGGUCUUGAUUGAUAAAUGAAGCACGUAUUUUAAACAGAACUGAAUUGAAAAGAAAACACACAUUCAUCUUGGAGUCUAAUACAGAUUACUGUCACUGGAAAAAUAAGACUUGAGCAUGAGAAGGAAAAGCCGUUGGAAGAUGCAGACCUUGGUUCAUGUUAGUGGAAAUACUUUAAAGCCUCAGGUAGGGAAGUUUAAUUGGAAUUAAAACUAACAGGAUUCCAAGAAAAGAUUUUCCAGUGCUGUGCUUUAAGUCAACCCAGUGAUCUGACGGAAACUUAACAGGCUUCGUUUGCCAAUGACUGAGACGAACACCUUGCAGACUGGUGAAGAAAACACACACUUCUUUGAAGUUCAUACAUUUUCGCUGCUUUCAGAUGUUUUUGUAAAGAAUUGCAUUUAUAAAUUUUAUUUCUAUUCCAUUCUUUACAUAUAUAAGUUUUAUUUCCAUUUAGUAGAGGACCUUUCCCUGGACCUUAGAAGCAAAGUGAACUUAAUUAUUAUGCGAUGUAACAAAUCAUUUUCUCAUUCUCUCUCUUUUAAUGUAGAAAUGGAGAGGAAAAUGAAACAUUAAAAGUGGCAGCUAUGCGGCAGAUCCUAAAAGAACCAUGGCAACAUCAGGUGAUUGCCCCGGAAGUGAAUCUCAGGAGGGAGAAGAACCUGUGGAACACUGUGAAGAGCACCUCCCGGAGGUUAUGCACCCUGAGGAGUUCGUGGCCAUCGCAGACUAUUCUGCUACCGAUGAGACACAGCUCAGUUUUCUAAGAGGGGAGAAAAUUCUCAUCCUGAGACAAACUACUGCUGACUGGUGGUGGGGCGAGCGCGCCGGUUAUUGUGGGUACAUACCAGCGAACCACCUUGGGAAGGACCUGGAGGAGUGUGACCCUGAGGACACAUGGCAGGAUGAGGAGUACUUCGGCAGCUACGGAACUCUGAAACUUCACUUGGAGAUGCUAACAGACCAGCCACGAACAACUAAAUACCACCACGUGAUCCUGCAGAACAGGGAGUCUCUCAAAGACAAAGUGAUUCUGGAUGUCGGCUGUGGGACCGGGAUCAUCAGCCUCUUCUGUGCACAUUACGCACAGCCCAAAGCGGUGUACGCGGUGGAGGCCAGCGAGAUGGCCCAGCACACGGGGCAGCUGGUCAUGCAGAAUGGCUUCGCCGACAUCAUCACCGUGUUCCAGCAGAAGGUCGAGGACGUGGUGCUGCCGGAGAAGGUGGACGUGCUGGUGUCCGAGUGGAUGGGGACCUGCCUGCUGUUUGAGUUUAUGAUUGAGUCCAUCCUGUACGCCCGGGACGCGUGGCUGAAGGAGGACGGGAUCAUCUGGCCGACCACGGCCGCACUGCACCUCGUCCCCUGCAGUGCCGACAAAGAUUACCGCAGCAAGGUUCUCUUCUGGGACAACGCCUACGAGUUCAACCUCAGCGCGCUCAAAUCUUUAGCAAUUAAGGAGUUUUUUUCAAAGCCCAAGUAUAACCACAUUUUGAAACCAGAAGACUGUCUUUCUGAGCCGUGCACUAUAUUACAGCUGGACAUGAGGACAGUGCAGAUCGCUGAUCUGGAGACAAUGAAAGGUGACCUGUGCUUUGAUAUCAAGAAAGCUGGCACUCUGCAUGGAUUUACGGCCUGGUUCAGUGUCCGCUUUCAGAACCUAGAGGAGGAGGAGCCGCAGCUGGUGCUGAGCACGGGACCGUUCCACCCCACCACCCACUGGAAGCAGGUGCUGUUUAUGAUGGAUGAGCCCGUCCCCGUCUACGCAGGGGAUGCUCACAGGCUCGAUUGUGCUGCAGAGAAACCCAGUGUGGAGGAGGCACAUGUCUGUCGCUCUGAGCUGGUCUGUCACUUCCAGACAGGACCCCACGUCGCAGAGAGUUGGAGAAAAAGUCUUUCCAAUCUGGAGAUGACAGUUGAAGUUCUGUUUGGGAAGCAGUGUGAGCUUGUUGGAGGAAUGCACAUGAACGAAGGAGAUCACACCUGAUGUGAAUACUCAUUAAUUACUGUGAAAGCCUGCGGACGCUCACUCUGCUUGGCAGGUGGUACCAACCUUCUCUGUGGUCUCCACAGACAAACACGCUCAGCUGCCCUCGCCACUGUCACUGCCUGUGUCUGUCCUCUAGAAGUAGGCUGUGUUUCCAGGUGUCCACCAAUGGUGUCCACAGUUGCCCCCCUGUGGGUAGGCUGGGGGCACAGUGUUCCUAAGCUAGGUCUAGUUCUACACUCAUAGGACACACGCGUCAACCUUGUACUCCUGUGAAAGUGACUGUUCGUGCAUCAUGUGUUAAUGGUGUCCUUCCUGCCCUCAGUUCAUCCACUCAACACGCAGAAUGUGGGGUUGCACAGAGCCGUGCAGGACCUCGAGGUGGCAAUGCAUGCGUUGGAUCUCUGCAUGAGAUAGUACCUUGUAGAGAUGUCUUCCAAAUAAAUCAUGUGUUGGCACAUAGUACAUCUCAAUAAAUAUUUUUAAAUAAAUGAAUGGUCCAUGUAGGUCCUGCUUCUGUGCAUGUACAUUAUUUGUACAAGCAUGGGAUCAUACUAGGAACAUUGUGUUAUAACCUUUUCAUCUAAUAUUAGGAUGAAACUUCCAUGCUAGUAGGUGCACAUCCAUAUUUGUGUGUGUGUGUUGUUUGGAUUUUUAGUUAAUUUUUUAUUGAAAUAUAAAAUACAUACCCCAGGCUGCACAAGUCAUGAAAUUUCACAAUGUAGACACACGUAACCAGUACUUAGGUCAAGACGCUUUCACACAUGAUGCCCCCAAGUGCCCCUUCCACUCAGUACCAACUCCCCAGAGUUAUGCCUGACUUCUGACACUAUAGAUUACUUUUACCCAGUUUUGGACAUUUUGUGAGUGGAAUUAUGCAGUGUAUAUUUGUUAUAGACCGAAUGUGUCCUAAAAUUUGUAAUUUGAAUCCUAGCCCCAAAUGUGAUAUUAUUUGGAGGCGGGGGCCAUUGGGAGGUGACUGGGUCAUGAGGGUAUUAUCUCUCAUAUAGGAUUAGUGCCCUCAUGAAGGACACCCCAGAGAGUGCCUUGUCCCUUCAUCAUGUGAGGACACCCUGAGAAAGUUGUCGUCUAUGAACCAGGAAGCUGGCUCUCACCAAAGCCCAAAAGGGUCAAUUUCUUGGUGUUGGACUUCCAGCCUCCAGAGCUGUGAGAAAUAAAUGUCUUUUGUGUAAGCCACCCCUUCUGGCAUUCUGGUAUGGCAGCUGGAUGGUCUAAGACUUCUUUUGUGUCUGCCUUCUCUAGUUCACAUUAUGUUUGUGAGAAUUGUCUAUGAGUUGUGUGCAGUGUGGUUGCCUUCUCGUUGCUAUGUAGUAUUUUACUGUAUGGACGUACCACAACUUCUGUGUCUUAUUCCACUCUUGGUGGGCAGCUGGGUUGUUUCCAGUUCCCAGCUAUUAUGUUUGGUGCAAAUGUAAACAUUUCUGUGUGGGUUUUGGUGCAUGCUUCUGCUGAGUAUACACCAAGGAGCUCAGCUUUGCUAGAAAUGGACAGUUUUUCAGAGUCAAAGAACCUCAUGUCUCUGUGCUCCGUGGCCUCAUCAACACCGACUGUUGUGUGUUUUCCUUUCACUUGUUCUGGUGUGUGUGUGUGUGUGAAGAUAAUUGCAUUUCCCUGAUGGCUAAUGCAGCUUCAUGUGUUCACUGGCCAUUGGCUAUCCUACUUUAAAGUGCUUGUUCAAGACUUUUGCCCUUUUUACUAUUAGGGUUGUUUUUCCCCCAAUUAAUUUUUCAGGGGUUCUUGAUAUACUCUGACUAGGAGCCCUUUAUCAUAUAUUUAUCUUGUGACUGUCUUCUACUCUGUGGCUUGUUUUUCACUUUCUUUAGAGUAUUUUGAUAAACGGAAGUUCUUCAGUA